UUUGUAUUCUUUUUAAUUUUUCUUCCACUGAUUCAUUCAUAAUCUUGAAAACUGAAUUCGUUUUGGAAUAUUUGCAUCAUAAAGAUUAAUAAUGGUAUAGAUUUGAAUAUAGUCGUUUUAGCAAAGUAAUUUUUUUUUAAACCGUUACACGGUGUUGUAUAUACAUCGCGUUAUAAACCCACUUGUUCUAUUGCAAGGGGUACGUAUACACAAAUAGUGCAAUUAUAGCAAAACACAACGGCGUCGGAAGGUGAGGAAGUCUUGAACGAACACACGCCACUAAUGGACGGACACGUCGGCGCUAGCAGCAGUACGCAUUUGAGCGCCAGUGGCGGUGUGACAAAUCGGAAGCGAAACAAUUAUGGUGCAAAUGAGGAAGUGGAUGGGGCUAUAUUGGAAGUACCUAAUGUAGUUGUACGUUCAGCUGGACGACGGACCAGAGCCAGUGGAACUGGUGGUGGGGACGGUGGUAGCGCGACUGAUGGCUGUCCACGUCGACCUACUGCUGACGAACUAGAUGAAGAGGGCCUAAAAUAUGGAGCUCAGCAUGUUAUUAAAUUGUUCGUGCCCGUAUCCCUAUGUAUGCUUGUUGUUGUGGCUACUAUAAAUGCAGUGAGCUUCUACUCUUCAACAGAUGUUUAUCUCUUGUAUACACCUUUCCAUGAAUUAUCGCCUGAUCCUGGCGUUAAAUUCUGGAACGCUUUGGCCAACUCUAUGAUUCUCAUGGGUGUAGUUGUAGCAAUGACUAUUUUGUUGAUUGUUCUGUACAAAAAACGCUGCUACAAAAUCAUACAUGGUUGGCUGAUCCUCUCUUCAUUCAUGUUGCUAUUUAUUUUCAGUUAUCUCUAUCUUGAGGAGUUGCUACGCGCUUAUAAUAUUCCAAUGGAUUACCCCACAACGAUAAUGAUACUUUGGAAUUUCGGUGUCGUCGGAAUGAUGGCCAUACAUUGGCAAGGUCCUUUGCGUUUACAACAGGGAUAUCUAAUUUUUGUUGCUGCAUUAAUGGCAUUGGUUUUUAUUAAAUAUCUGCCGGAAUGGACGGCGUGGGCUGUGUUGGCAGCGAUAUCAGUAUGGGAUUUGAUUGCUGUCCUCGCACCGAAGGGACCUCUGCGCAUUUUAGUGGAGACAGCUCAAGAACGCAAUGAACAAAUAUUUCCUGCUUUAAUUUAUUCUUCCACUGUUAUGUACACAGUGAUGGGCGUUAAGCCUUCCAAUGAAGCGAGUGGUGGCAAAAGUGACGAGAGCGUCGAGAACGGCACACCACAAGCAGUCAGCGAAGAGCAAGCCUCUUCCUCCGCCGGCUCGGCACGUCGCACAGGUAAUACCAAUAACGAGGUGAAAGACGACGCAGCCCAGGCCGCCGAAGGUAUGCCUCUUGUCACAUUUAAAAUCCGCGGAAAUGAAGCCGGAUUCACCCAAGAAUGGACAGAUAACCAAAAUGAACGUACUUCGCGACGACAAAUCGAGGUACAGGCUAGCAACGGACAAAAUGCUAAUCGAUCAACUGAGUAUCGCACAACUACUGCUAGGGCAAACACAUCCGGCACGCCACUUGAGGAGCAAGAACGCGGCAUCAAACUGGGUCUUGGUGAUUUCAUAUUUUACUCUGUGCUAGUUGGCAAAGCAUCCAGCUAUGGUGAUUGGAUCACUACUAUUGCUUGCUUUGUGGCUAUAUUAAUUGGGCUUUGUUUAACACUUUUAUUAUUGGCUAUAUGGCGCAAAGCUUUGCCUGCUCUACCCAUUUCUAUUACAUUUGGCUUAAUAUUUUGUUUUGCCACCAGUGCUGUGGUCAAGCCGUUCAUGGACACUUUGUCUGCUAAACAAGUGUUCAUAUAAAGACAUUUUUAUAUAUUCCAAUAAUUAUGCUGUACUGUUUUAUAGAGUAGAUUAAACCUAGCUAAAAAAAUCACGGAAAGUUGAUAGAGCUAUUUUUAAUUAAAAUCCAUUUCAUGUUUACAAUAUUAUAUAUUCUAAUGCUCCUUAUUAAAUACCUAUGUUGCUAGA